CCUACAGAAAUGAGCAGGCGCUGAACAACGACACACGACAUACCGCCGCUAGGGAAUAAUUCCAAAUUGAUGUCUAUUUUCGGAACCACAUGUAGAGCCGCUCUCCUGUGACAGUUCCAUACAUUCCAUACCCUCCCAUCUCCCCUAAGCCUUACUAAGUCUACCUGAUUCCAUCCCUGUCUUCCUAAUUCCGCGGGGUUUUUGGUCGAGUCUUACUCCGUAGCACUGCCGGGCUCCGUCGUACGUUGCCGAUCGCAGACUUCCCUUAUUUGAAGGCCACCGUAGCCCUCGCGCUCGUCGCCCAUCUCUUCUCCGAUCCGUGUUCUAUCACUAGUUGAUAGAGCGUCGAAAACCCGUCAAAGUGUUCUCCUCCAAAGCCGCUAGGUCACUCCGCGCAGGCACAUCGGGCAUCACCACUGCAGCCCUCGCCUCCGCCGGCCUCCAGAAAUACACGCGACAGUACAACGAGAUCCCCAAGGCAACAACCAGAGGCAUGCAUAGCAAGGUUGUCGUCAUCGGCUCUGGGCCCGCCGCCCACACCGCCGCCAUCUACCUCGCUCGCGCCGAGCUGAAGCCCGUCCUCUACGAGGGGUUCAUGGCCAACGGCAUCGCCGCCGGUGGCCAGUUGACCACCACCACCGACAUCGAAAACUUCCCGGGCUUUCCCAAGGGUAUCAUGGGCGGCGAGUUGAUGGAUGCCAUGAGGCUGCAGUCGGAGCGAUUCGGCACCAAGAUCAUCACCGAAACCGUCUCCAAGCUCGACCUCUCCUCUCGGCCGUUCAAGUAUGAGACGGAAUGGGCGCCCGGCGAGGAGCACACCGCGGACGCCGUCAUUAUCGCUACCGGGGCUUCGGCGAAGAGGAUGAACCUUCCGGGAGAGGAGAAAUAUUGGCAGAGCGGCGUGAGCGCCUGUGCCGUUUGCGACGGGGCCGUCCCCAUAUUCCGGAAUAAGCCGCUCGUGGUGAUCGGCGGUGGAGACAGCGCCGCCGAAGAGGCCACGUUCCUGACCAAGUACGGCAGCCAUGUGACGGUGCUAGUGCGCAGGGACAAGUUGCGGGCCAGCAGCAUCAUGUCACAACGACUCCUGAAGAACCCGAAGAUUACGGUCCGAUUCAACACGCGGGCAGUGGAGAUCAGGGGCGACGACAGGGUGAUGACACACCUCGUCAUCGAGGACACCGCCAGCGGGAAGAGGCAGCUCAUCGAUGCCAAUGGGCUGUUCUACGCCAUCGGCCACGACCCAGCUACGGCCCUAGUCAAAGGGCAGCUAGAAACCGACGCCGAGGGGUAUAUCGUCACCAAGCCCGGCACGCCGUAUACCAGCAUCGAGGGCGUGUUUGCGGCCGGUGACGUACAAGACAAGAGAUAUAGGCAGGCCAUCACCAGCGCAGGCUCCGGCUGCCAGGCGGCCCUGGACGCGGAGAAGUUCUUGGCCGAGCACGAGGCGGAUGAGCGAGAGGGGACCGAGGCAGGAAAGCCGGAAUGACUGUUGUCCGCCCAGCUUUAAAGGGGUGUUGCCCAGCGAUAGAGAGAUCUACCUACCUUCAUACCUGCUCGCAUUAGACAGAUACCAAAUAGACAGAAUCAAGAGAAUCGAACGCAGUCGAUCGCGGC